GGCUGAUCAUCAAACUACAUAAACACUUUAGGCUACUUCCCUGUUGACCAAAGUUUGCUUGAAGUCAUCGUCGUCGACGUCUAAGUUUCGGCGUAGCAGUGUCUUCAGAAUUCCCCGAAAUGGCGAAAGUGAACUUUCUUCUCAGAAACCUUUUCAUUUUUUUCAACGUGCUUUUUGCUAUUGCUGGAGCUGGCGUGUUCGCUCUGGCGGUAUUGGGCCAUUUCCACCUGAACGCUGCCGAGUUUGACGUGGACAGAAGUAAUGCAGUCAUCGGGCUGUACAUGAUCGGGGCUGUCACGUUCCUCGUGUCCUUUCUUGGAGCACACGGUGCGCUGAAAAAUGUGAAAUGGAUGCUCGUUGUAUUCAUCGUUCUGAUGUGUUCUUGCUGCUUCGCCCUAUUGCGCGUGGCGGUGCCCCUAGCUGUUCUGCACCCACAGGUCAGCCUGUUGCAGGAGGAGAUGCAAAAGGUUGGGCCUUUGGAUGAAACAUCUGAGGACUUCCAGGGAAUCAUGGAUCAAUUCCAGGGUCAGUUGCACUGCUGUGGUCUCGCAAACGGAUACGUGGACUGGAGGGGCCAAGUACCGGACUCCUGUGACUGCUCCUCCGAGGAGCUGAUGCAGAAUGCAUGCGUGCUCCUGCCAGACUAUGCUAGGGGGUAUGAUUUCUUCCUUCAGCCAAGGAGGAAUUCAAGAAGGAUGGUCCGUAAACAGCCCUGCGGCGAGAUCAUCGAGAACAAAGCCGUUGACGUGAUCCUUGGAGUGUUCUUUGGAUUUUCCACUUUGGCAUUCCUGGGUUUUGUGAUGGCCAGCUGCCUGCUAAGUCAGAUGUACAAGAAACCAGAGGUCGUUGCCAAGCCCUCCAAGAUUUUCAGCAUAUCAUCCCAGCCACCUAAAUACACCAAGCUGGUUGACGAAGACAAAUCGCCUCUCCUGUGGAUUUGAAACCAAAGUGCAGAAUGCAGCUCAAAGUUUUGCUUCAGCAUGUUGAGUUAUUACCAGAUGGUUUUAACUGGUCUUUUUAAAAUGGUUGACUCUAUUGCUUUGUUUUAUCUUCUCUAUUUUGCAAACUGUUGCUGAGUUGCAGCCAGUAUUUUUUUCAUUUUUGGUGACCUCUUGAAAGGGACUUUCUGUGAAGUACAUAGCAUUUUAUAUUCUACUGUCAAAAUGUUGUAAUUAUUUAAGUUCUCUCAACGGUUACUCCAGAGAGGGUUAAAGUAAUGAAGUAUCUUUGGUUACUCUGCUUUUCUUUUAAUGUAAAUUUCACUGAAUGCCAAAUGGAUGGUUUUGUUGUCAGGUAAAGAAAUAUUUUUGCACUGUUUUUCCAAAUAUAAUUUCUAAAAGCCUCAUUUUUAAUAUUUCAUUUAUAUGUUCUGAUCAGACAAUAUUUGCACCUUUUUAGAAUGUGACUUCUGAGUCAAUUCUGUGCUGUUUGUGCACUGUUUCCUCUGUUUGUGCUGUUAAGACCAUGUGGAAUAAAAAAUAUUUCAACAGA